UCGAGCGAGCUUGUCCUCUCAGCCCCGCCCACUUGCCACGCACAUGAAAGGCGGGCUGUAACUGUGACAUUCAGAAGCGGGAGAAAGAAACGCUUUCCAUGCUAUUGCUCACGCAAAUGACCAAGAACAAUUAAAAGUAAACACUGGUGGAGCUUGGGGCGGUGGCAGGGUGAAAAUAAGAAGGAAGGGAGCCACCUUACUUGAGCGGAGCAUCACUCCAUCUGUAUGCUUGCAUUCCAUCGUCAGUGGAUUUUGUGCACAGCAACGCUAUCGUUAUUACUAUGGGAAAAAGUCAAGUUUUGAUGGAAGAUGAACCGAAUCGUCCAAAGUACAUCUCCGACAGAACUGACCGGUCUUUUCAUCUUUUGUUUGACUAGGGCAGCACACGCCCAUCCACUGUGCACGUUGCUGGUAACAUUUAAUGGAUUUCCUCACUUUCACACUUUUCGAGUCAUUUAUUAGUAACACACAAACCUCAAUUAUUUCACGCUCUCCCAAUGAAGCAUGACUUGGAACAAAUGUGACAGGCUAGUCUGGACAAACAGAAAUCUGUUAAUUUCCUAAACUCUUCUAAAGAAAGACGAAAUUCCAGACUCGUUAUUUUACCGUAGGAAACAUUCGUGCCUGUUAUUGUCAUCUUGGAAAAGUUAAUGUGAGCACUUAACGCAGCAGGCUCCGUGUACCAAGCCGGCGAUGGUGUUCGCGCUGGGCUGCCUCUUGCUAGGCUGCUUCACAUGGAACUUGCGGAUGUCUGACGCAUACGGAGAGUAUUGCCACGGCUGGGUGGACAUUAACGGAAACUACCACGAUGGCUUUCAGUGCCCAGAGGGUUUCGAUACUUCUCACGCGACAAUCUGCUGUGGAUCCUGCGCCCUCAGGUACUGCUGCGCGGCGGCCGACGCGCGCUUGGAGCAAGGCGCUUGCACCAAUGACAGGGAGCUGCAGGACAGCGGAUACGCGGCACAGCCCGUGUAUGUGCCGUUCCUCAUCGUUGGAUCCAUCUUCAUCGCCUUCAUCAUUGUUGGGUCCCUGGUGGCUGUUUAUUGCUGCACCUGCUUGAGACCGAAGCAAAGCACGCAGCAGCCAAUUCGGUUUUCCCUUCGAAGUUGCCAGACUGAGACCAUUCCCAUGAUCCUGACCAGUUCAAAUUUAAGGACUCCUUCUAGGCAGUCUAGCACUGCCACCAGCUCCAGUUCAACAGGAGGCUCCACACGAAGAUUUUCCAUUGGCAGAGCAGAACAAGGACAUGGCUGUCUAGUGUCUUCACCACCUCCACCAUAUACAUCAGCAGGCUGUCAUCAGGCUGCCCACACUAUGCACGUCUCGCAGGCCUCUGGUUUCUUGGUUCCACAGCAGUAUUUCCCUUACACUGUGAAUCCGGAGCCUUUUACUCCUGGAAAAAACUUCACAGAAUUCAGUCAGAGCUGAUAGUUUGUAAAUAGCCUGUGGAGUGACUCCAUUACACUGUUUUCAUGUUUGGUGGUUUACCAGUAGUUGUCAAGAGUUAAUUCAACUCCAGGACAUGGUUUCUGCUUUGUGUACAUAUUACUGGUGAAGAUAUGUCCCCAAAGGAAACAUGUGUGGACCCUUAUUCAGCUAAAUGUUUUCUUUAUCAUGUUUCAGAUUUAGGGGUAUGGGCAGCAGCAAUCUAACCAACCUGGUAACAACAGGUUCAAAGCAAAUAGCAGACCUUGACAAGGUUGCAAGUCAAUCACAGUUCUCAGCCACACAUACCCGGGACACUUGAGAAUCACCAGACGACUAGAAGGCUGAGAUUUUUUUCGUUUUCAAGGAAACAAGGGAAGAACAUCUACAAACUGCACACUUCGCUCGAUUGCCCUGGGCUUGUUUAUAUAGUGGGUUAAAUGUGAAGCAAAAGAGAUGCUUUAUUUAAAUACAAUUGUCCUGAAUCUUGUCAUUUUUUUCCUUUACUAAUAAUAUUUCAUGGCAAAAUAACAAUUUCCAUGCGUUUUCUGAACAUACUAUUUUUUUCCAGUAUAAGGAACGCAAAUCCACACACCAUCUUACUUAUUUUUCUGUAUGUUCAGGAGGGGUCCAUACUUUGAAUUUUAAUUUAUUCAAAAGAAAAGCAGACACUAAUCUAUUGUAUAUUUUGAAAAAUAGCAAACGACCACUUGGCCUUUUAAGUCACUGAACAACUAAACAAUAGUACCUUAGAACCCUUGAAAACGUAAAAGUUCAGGUAAACCAAUUGUAUUGACAAUCUGUAACCAUUUGGGCAGAAGACACAUUUUUGUUUGGACUGAGUAGAGGAGAAAGCACACUCGCAGCGGCAUCGCGUCUCCUCUGAGCAGCCAGUAUAGAGACGUUCCAUGCAGUAGGAGAAAUGUAACAGUAUGUUGUAAUCAUGAUAUAGAAGAAGUUAGCCUGUUUUUUAUGUCUAGUUUUUUUUUUCUACAAAAUAUUUGCACAUCUUUCUUACAGGCUUUGUGUUUAACAUUUUUUUGAAUAUUUAAGAUAAAAAAACCCAAAUGUUUUAAAGAGUUCAUCUGUUUCUCCUAAUUGAAAAACUAAUUCCUGCAGUUAGAUCAAGUUG